AUCGAACUGUCAAUCAAUGUUUAUAAAAAACUUGCACGUCGUCGCCUUCGAAGUUUAUGUUUUGUUUUAAUAAUUUUAUUCUAGUACGUCAAUUAACACUCGGUGCUUACCUUAGGAGAAUGGGCCGCAGAAAUCGGAAUGUUAAUAAGUUCGCUCAACGCAAGCGAGAGCGUCGAGAACAGGAAAGAAACCCACAAGAGAAACCUGCUAGUGACACACGUAAGCACUAUGAAGAUAUUGUCAGAGAAAACGCAGCUUUUGAAGAAUAUUAUAAAACUCAAAAAGUGUGUCCUGAAGAAGAAUGGCCAACCUUUAUGAAGAGUCUGAAGGAGAAUCUACCAACCGCAUUCCGUAUCACAGGUUCUAAGUGUGAAGCUGCCGCUUUAAUGAAUAUUGUGAAGAGUGAAUACUUCUCUGAGAUACUAAAUGUGAAAUUACAAGCAGAAGGUCAAGAAGGAGAGGAAAUUAAACCGAUAAAUUUGUCAUGGUACCCAGGUGGUUUGGCAUGGCAGCUUCGCCUUUCCCGCACAGACAUCCGUCGAAGUGAACCUCUGUAUAGGCUCCACAACUUCUUAGUGGCAGAGACUGCAGCAGGUGGGGUGUCGAGACAGGAAACUGUCUCUAUGAUACCCCCUGUUGUACUUGAUGUCCAACCACACCACAAGGUAUUGGACAUGUGUGCAGCACCAGGCUCAAAAACUGCACAGCUAAUAGAGUUCUUGCAUUCAGAUGAAGAAAGCACUCCUACAGGUUUUGUGAUGGCAAACGAUGUGGACAACAGCCGCUGCUACAUGCUGGUGCACCAGGCCAAGCGUCUCAACUCUCCAUGCAUUCUCAUCACCAACCACGACUCCGCUGUUAUGCCAUCACUCGUCAUGUCUGAUGAUCAGAGUCCUGGUGGUACAAAACCUCUGAAAUUCGAUCGCAUCCUGUGCGACGUGCCGUGCUCUGGCGACGCAACAUUGCGGAAAAACCCCGAUAUAUGGCUCAAGUGGUCCACAGGCAAUGGAAACAAUCUACACGGGAUCCAAUAUCGCGUGCUGCGACGAGGUUGCGAGCUACUGGCAGUAGGCGGACGCCUAGUAUAUUCUACUUGUUCCUUCAAUCCUGUGGAGAACGAAGCGGUCGUUCAUCGUCUUCUUCAGGAGACUGGAGAUUCUGUGAAAUUGGUGGACGCUGCCCCCAUGCUGCCGGGACUCAAGUAUCAUAAAGGAAUGACAUAUUGGCGUCCUGCCUCUAAAGAUAUGGUGUUCUACGAGAAAUAUGAAGAUGUUCCUGAAAAAUGGCAAACUGUGGUGCGGCCACAGAUGUUUCCACCCAAACCAGAAGAUUUGGACAAAUACAACUUGGAUAAAUGUAUAAGAAUACUGCCUCACCAUCAGGACACCGGUGGUUUCUUCGUAGCCGUCUUCGAAAAAGUCUCACCUCUCCCUUGGGAGAAAGAAGAGAAAGUUCAAAAUCAAGGAGAUGAAACUGAGAAGAAAGAAGAACUCAAAAAAGAGCCGCCCAAAAAGAAAAGAAGAAUGGGAGGCUAUAGAGAAGACCCUUUCGUUUUCUUCUCUGGUGACAGCGAAGAUGUGUUUCCUUCUAUCAAAGAGUAUUACGACUUGAAUGCAGAGUUUGAUUCCACCUGCCUAUUGACCAGGUGUCACGUGGGGAAGAAGAAGAAUAUAUAUUUAGUUUCACCAGUAGUCAAAGAUUUGGUACAGAGGAAUGAGUCUAAUAUAAAAAUUAUCAACACUGGUGUGAAGACCUUCGUGAGAUGCGACAAUAAGAAUAUGACCUGCCCAUUUAGAUUAUCACAAGAAGGUCUACAAAGUAUAACACGCAGUAUUGGACCAAAACGACGCGUGCGCAUCCUCAAAGAAGAUUUAAUAACUGUCCUACAGAACGAUAACCCCAGCAACCCGCCAGAUCUCAAACAGUUUACUGAACACACGCAGAACCUUGUCAAAGAUCUUGCGACUGGCAGUUGUGUUCUUGAAUACCACGACGAGGAAUCGAACUUGCAGUUGACUCUAGUGGGAUGGCGAGGAGUACAUUCACUCAGGGCCUAUACAGCCACGCCUGAUACUGUACACUACCUGCGAUUACUGGGAGCUGAUUAUAGUAAAUAUGAUAUAAAUAAAUUUAAGAAAGCUUCCGAUAUUCCCGACGCGGAGGCUGAUUCUACUGACGUUACCGAAGCUCCUGAAACGGCAAAAGAAAACGGAGCGAACGAAACUGAAGUACAAAGUACUAGUAGCUAGUAUUUGGCUUUUUGGCUAAAUUGUUUUAGACAUAAGAAUUGUGUUACGUUCAACGUAAAUAUGUUUAUUAUUGCAUAAUACAAACAAGUCAUAUGUAUUUAAAAAAAAA